AUGGCUGGAAACUGCCUACGAUCUCACGUUAACCUGACUGAAACUGGGUAUGCACUUUCUAUAUUCACAAAAGCAGGUGCCGAAGCCAAAAAAUUGAUGGUCGGUGUAACGAGCUACGGCCGAUCAUUUGAAAUGAUCACAGCAAAAUACACCGGUCCAGACUGUACCUUCACUAGACCCGACUCGGGUGCGACACCUAGAAGAUGCACACAGACUGCCGGAUACAUUGCCAACGCUGAGAUUGAUGAGAUCAUCUCGGACAACCCCACGGUUCAGGUCCUGUUUGACGAUGACAGCGACUCUGAUAUCAUAGUCUACAAUAACACCCAAUGGGUUGGGUACAUGACUACCACGACAAAGAGCACUCGCACCACCUACUACAAAAGCCUAAAUAUGGGUGGCACAACCGAAUGGGCAGUAGAUAUUGAGAAGUUCCUUGAGAGCGCAGACGAUAUCUCGAUCGUCAACCUGAGUACCGAUCUGACAGACGCUGAACAAUGCGAAACCCCAGACCCCGACGAAGUAACCGCAGCAGAGGCAAGCUCGGAAAGAAACGUGGCUGGAUAUAUCGAUAGCCUGAUCACUGGUACACUGCAAGGGGAAACCACCAACUGGUCUCAAGCUGUCUUCGACGACUCUAACGUGAAGUGCUCUUCCUAUCCGAUCAAUGAGGACUGCAACUUUCCUUCAUCAAGUGCCUGUACUUCAUUCAGCAAUCCCGCGCGUUACUGGGCACAGUUCGUUAUUGCCAAUUUCUGGGCCUACAUGGAUAAGUUUGGGGCGUUGUUUGACUUGGCAGAUAAUAAUGUCACAAAGCAAAUCCUGCAGCUAACAACCGACUUCCCAGUGCAAGCCCCCGAUGCUAUCCCAGAUGUUGCUUCACUUCUUACCAACUUUGCCGGAGUUCUAUCUAUCGAGCCGUCAUACGGAAGCGAUAUUGCAGACUCUGUGGUGGGCGUGGCUGGCGGUCUUAUGUCCGAAGAGUCAUCGAACUUGGAUUCCUCCGAUUCCGAGACGAAUUCCGAGACCAUUCUUUAUAGUAGGAGCGUUGCUAUUGCCACUGCUUUCUAUGACUCGGUAUCAUUAGUUCUGAUCGACAUGUUCGAUACCGGUGACCUAUCUAGUUGGCCUUCUUCGCUGACUAGUGGUGACUACACUACCGACAUUGCCAACUUCUUCGACAGCCGAUUCAUGUUUGAGUUGACGGGUACUGAUGAAAAAGGCAUGGAAAGCUUGCUCAAUGAAGGUCUGUUAGCGACUAUGGCUGGCACGGCGCUUGUUGGGGCGAAUUAUUUCAUCCUCAGGGGAGCCUAUACUACCAGCGGUUGCGCGGACGUCACCAGCGGCAUUGUAAUCGACGGCUAUUGCUACACUCUCGAGUACCCCGGUGAAGGAUGGUGA